AUGAAUCUGAAAACGUUCUUCAAUUGGAUUUCUAAAAUUGUAUCUGAUUAUAAUCUUUUCAUGUUGGAAGAAAAUGAUUAUAAUGAUGAUACAAUUAGAGAUCCAACUAUUAUUCUUAAAAAACAAAAAUAUCAAACUUGGUUGUAUGUUGUAUUUCUCACAGUCGGUUUUUAUGUUUUGUUUUAUUCUACUUUGAACAAAUCUGAAUAUGAAACGAUGAUGAUAUCCGAUAUAACAUUUGAUAAUUAUCAUCAAUUCUAUUCGAAAUAUGGUCAAACAUUUUCAUGUCCAUGUUCACAAGUGAUAAUACCAUAUAAAACUUUUCUUUCAAACAAUGUAACAAUGCAUUCUGUUUGUUCGAGUAUUUUUGUCAAACGAGAAUGGAUUGAAGGAUUAUAUUAUAGUAAUGCAAGUUGGUAUAUGCAAUAUGAUUUUCGAAUAGUAGCCUAUUCACAAUUUGAAAUUUUAUCGAAAUUAUGUUCACUUUCGAACGAAAUUAUUUCUCAAAUUCAAUCUGAUGUUAAUAAUACUGAACUUGUUACUAUUAAUCUUCUUUCUCAAAUGCAAAUUCAAUUGGAAAUAAAUAAUACAAUCGAAUUUCAAAAAACGAAUGCAUUCGGUCGAAUAAGAUCAUUUUUAAAAUAUUGGCGAACAACAAUUCAAAGAAAUUUCUUAAUUUCAGCUCUCGGUACAAAUUGGCAAAUUUUAGCGCGAUAUUCUGAGUCAAAACCUGUUCUAACAGGAUUUUCCAAAGUAUAUUAUUUACUUAAUUCUUCUGCUGUAGUAUGUGGUAUUGAUAAUCCAAUAAUUCAAACAUUUCUUCCUUCACCAUUAAAUUAUUCGAAAUAUCUUGGCCAACAAUGGAUACGAUUAUCUGAUCAUACAAGUGUCAAUGGAUUUUUUACUGGAUGUACUCCUUUUGAAGCACUUCUUCAAAGUACAAUGGAUUGUUUAUAUGAUUUGGAAUGUAUUCUUUGGUUAUUAAACUAUUUUCCAAAUCUUAAUCAUACAAACAAAUUUCAUUGGAAUAAUUUAAUUUUAUCUUCAAAACAUGAUAAUAAGACUGUACUUGUUCAUUUUGAAAAUCUUUUCAUUGAAAAUUGGUUAUUAAAUAUGAAUUAUUCGACAUAUUUUAAUCAAUGUUCUCCAUCAACAUGUUCAUAUUCAACAAAAAUUCGAUCAAAUUUCUCUUCUGCUUUUACACUUCUCAUUAGUCUUUAUGGUGGUCUUAUCAUCAUAUUUCGUUUAAUUGUAUCAUUUUUAAUUGAUAGUUUAUUUAAAUAUAAAUAUUCUCAAAUGAAUACAAAUGAAAAUACAUUUAAACCAAUUGAAACAUUAAAACAAUUAAAUUUAUUUAAAAAUAUUAAUCAUCGAUCUGAAAAUGAUAUUCAACAACAAAGAAUUACUACUCGUAUUUAUUUAGUAUUAUUAAUAGGAUCAAUAUCUGUUCUUUGUCUUUUCAAUUCAUUAAGUACUGAAAUAGUAACAACAACUAUAUCGAAUCCAUCAUUGACAACUUAUAAAUCAUUCGAAUCUAUUUAUUCAACAACAUUGCAAUGCCCGUGUGCAAAUAAAACAAUGACUUUUGGAACGUUUCUUUCAUUUUCUCCAGUUUUUCAUCAAAUAUGUUCAAGUGGAUUCGUUACAGAUGAUUGGAUUUAUCACAUGAUGAACAAUAUCUUAGCGUCUUUCUCAAUUGAUUGGCGUGCAAAAGCAUAUCAACAAUUUCAAAUUUUAUCUGAUCUUUGUCAAUUAGCCAAUACAGUGAUCAAUGCAGCAAUGAACAAAUUUCUUUCACAAUUCUUUGUUGCUUCUUCAAUAAUGAAUGAAAUCGAUUUUAAUCAACAAUUAUAUUCAUAUAUCAAUCAAUUUUAUCAAUCGACAACGCUUAAUUUUGUUCUAAUGAAUGAUAUUAUACAACUUACUCAACGAAUUGAUCAACUUCAUGAAGAAUUCGCAAAUCAACGUGGAUCGGGUAGUUAUUUUGAAAACAUUUUAACGAUUAAUGCAAUCGAAAGAAAGGUAUAUUUUAUUCCAUAUGGUGUUGAAGACAUCAAUACAGGCUUAGUUACAUGUGUUUGUGCUAUUAAUCCCAAUUGUCAAAGGUCAGCAAUUGUUACUGAUUUCGAUCCAAUUCAGAAUACAAAUUAUUUAUAUGGAAGUUUUAUGCAUAAUAUAUCUGGUUGGAUUGAAGGUUGUCUUUCAAGUGAUUCUCUUUUACUUUCAACACUUGAAUGUUUAUAUGAAAAUUCUCAUUGUUUUCCAUUUUUAUUGAGUUAUAUAAAAAAAGCAAAUACUGAAACAUUAUCACUUCCAACAUCUUCAUUUCGUCUACGACCUCUUACUUACGAUCCAAAAGUGAACCGUUAUCCUCCUAAUACAUCAAUUUCAAUGAUUGUCAAUGAAUUGAUGCUUGAAAAAUGGAAUCCUGUUUCAUCAUAUGAAAAAUUCUAUGAAUCAUGUGCACCUGUAUAUUGUUCUUAUACGGAAAAUGUAAGAAAACAAAAUUUUUUUGGAAUAAUCAUCACAUUAGUAUCAAUGAUUGGUGGAAUUGUUCUAUCAUUGAGUAUCUUAACACCACAUCUUGUUAAAUUCGUCUCAGGAUUUUCAACAAUGUACAAAAAAGAUUCCAAUCAAACAGAACAAAUUUUAAUUCAAGUUACUUUUACUAAUCGACUAAAAAUGAAAAUAUAUCAUUUAAUUAAAUUAUUACGUACAACAUUAAGAGAAUUAAAUAUAUUUUCAUUACGUGAUUUCGGAAGUGAUAUUGAUCGAAUAUUAGCAAAACGUUAUGGUAGAUGGGCAACUCGUCUUUAUUUCAUAUUAUUUAUGAUUGGUCUCACAAUUUUAAUGUUCUAUACAGUUAUUCGACCACAUACGAUGAAAAUAAUUUUUACUAAACCCUCUUUUACUUAUUAUAAAGAUUUGAAAAAACUCUAUAAUAAUGAUUUAACAUGUCCAUGUUCAAACAUAGCAUCGAAAUAUAAUCAAUUUGUGAAUAUUCAACCAAUAUUUCAUUCGAUUUGUUUAAGUGAAUUUAUUUCGAAUGAAUGGCGAAUUGGACUUACUAAUGGUCUCGUUUCUAAUUUAUCUAUUUAUGAACGAACUGAUUAUCGUCGAUUUCUUUCUGCUCAUUUAGAAUAUCUUCAAAGAUUGUGUCAAAUUUCAAUGGAAACAGCAAAUAAUUCGAUCAAUGAAUUUCUUUCAUCACUUUUAGUUACAACUGAACUUUUAUCUGAGAAGAAUUUUAAUGAUCGUCUCAAUAAUUUAAUCGAACAAAAUAAAUUAAAUGCUCCUGUUGUAUUUUCUCAACUUCUCUUCUUUACUCAAAGUAUUAUUCAUGGAAAUGCUUUUGAAACAAUUUAUGGAACAAAUUUUGAAUAUAUAAAUAUUGAUGAAAAUGGUGAUACUUUUGUACUUGGAAAAUCUAUAAUCUAUGAUAAUAAUAAUUGUUCUUGUGGUUUAUCUUCGAAAUGUACAACACAAGCAAUUUUUAUUGAUAAAAAUUCUUCUCAAAACAUUUCUAUAAAAGGAAUGAAAAUGGGAUGUAUACCAAGUGAAUCACUUCUUGCUUCAACUCUCGAAUGUUUUUAUGAUCAAUUAUGUCUUAAUUUUAUUCAAAAUUAUACAAAUUAUCAAAAUUCAUCAAAGUCUCUUUCAAUAACAAAUUUAACUCAUUUUUCUCAAAAUACAACUAUUGAAAAACUUCGACAAAAUUUAUUUAUUGAACAAUGGUUAACAAUAAUGAAUUAUUCAUUAUAUUAUCAAAAAUGUUCACCUUUACUAUGUUUUUAUAUAAGUAUUGAACAAUUUAAUAUUUUCUAUACAAUUACUAUUAUUCUUGGUCUUCAAGGUGGUUUAACAAUUGUUCUCAAAUGGAUUUGUCCAAAAUUUAUUCAAAUUGGAUUAAAGAUUUAUUAUUAUCGAAAAAAAACGAAGUGCUUCUGUUCAUCCUAUUAA